UUCUUUUAUACCGCAUUAUGGCCCAUCGCAUCGUCACCCAGGUUGUCGUCACGGGCGCCCGUGUCUUCGGUCGUGCCUUCGCCGAAGCCUACAAGCAGGCCCAGGCCUCCUCCAAAUACGCUGCUCAGACCGGCAAGAAGGUCGGCGGUGGUGCCGCCUCUGGCUUGACCCUCGAUGAAGCCUGCAAGAUCCUCAACGUCAAGCCCCCCCAAGGUGGUGAGGCCAACUUGGAGCAGGUGAUGGAGCGCUUCAAGAAGCUAUUUGACAUGAACGAUCCCCAGAAGGGCGGUAGCUUCUAUCUCCAGAGCAAGAUCCUCCGUGCCCGCGAACGGUUAGAGAUGGAGGUCCGACAGGCGGAGCGCCAUGCUGCCCAGGAGAAGGAAUUGCAAGAAGGAUGGAAGCCCAAGGUGUACAAGGACCGGUGAAGGGAUUUUCCAGUCCUCCUUCGAUCGGGAAGCUUCUCGAGGUCUCGGCUUCACUCCUCUUUCUCUCGGUCCUUCCACGUGUUUUAAUCGGGUCCGAGGCUGGUCGAAGGAUCGAUCGCGUUAACCGUACUCGGCAAGAUGAUCUUCGACACUUCUCCGACCCGCUUCGUCUCCGGCCUUCGUCCCUGAGUUUUCGCAGCAUAGCAUGGCGUUUUUGGUGAAUCCAAGGUUCUUUGGAUUGGAAGACUUGUUUUAGAUUCCCUCUGUUCGAUGGCGUGUCGCGCCUAUACCGGUCAGAUCCGGCACGAGAGUGACAGAAGAGUACCAUUGCAGUUGAGGUCGA